CUUUAUAUCUAGCGAACAUGGAUCAGAUACGUGCGUUUCGUCACCGUCAUUGGAAUUUUACUAAAGAAUAUAUAAUUAAGCAUACAAAUCAUCCGGUGGCUACCGGCGGUUCCCCAAUUGUUACCUGGCUUCCUAACCAACUAUCUACAGUUCUACAACAAAUGGCCAAAGUCGGACAAACAAUAAAUUACGCACAACUUUCUCUUGAAAAUAAAAUUCUAGUCGAUGAGAUCGUGGAUCGAGCUAAUACUCAGGAGCGCGUACUUAAACGGGAGGUGACAAUUUUGAAGGAUCGGUUUGGUGAAAGUCAGGAUAAAAUUGUUAUUUGA